CAGAUUCUAAGUCUGAGAAACAGCAACUUGGGAAAGUGCCUAAGACUGAUGAAGAUGAGGACAUGCUGGAAAACUGUGUAAAGGUGUACAUUGCCAACCUGCUGGAGAGGGUUGUGGGGCAGAUAGCUGAAGAAUCGACUCGGCCAAAUAUCCUCACAGACGACCAUGAAGCCACCGUCAGUGAUGGUGAUGAUGAUGAUGAGGAUGAAGAAGACACUGGAGUCACUGGUGAAGGUGCUCAGGCCAGUGGGAAACCAGACUCUGAGGUCUCCCAGCAGAGGGGCCAGCGGUGUGGGAUAUUUGAGGUGAAGUUGGUGAACGGACCACUGGGGCUGGGGCUCAGCCUUGGUCUGGGCCACUUCGGAGAGGUGCUGGUCAAG